CGACGAUGGCCAAAGACAAGAAGAAGGACAAGGCCGCUCUGAAAGCGAAAAAGGCAGAGAAGGCAAGCAAGAAGUCUGCCAAAUCAGAAAAGAAGAAAUCUGCAAAGAACAAAGAUGAUUCAGACGUCGAAGAUGAGGCUGACCUUGAUGCAAUUCUCGCCGAAUAUCAGAAGCAGCAGGAGCAAUUCUUGAAAGUCACCGAGACACCUUCCGAACCACCCUCGCCGAGAUCAUCAGCAACUUUGGUUGCCUCGCCAAGCAACAGCAGCGAGCUGUUCCUCUUCGGUGGCGAGUAUUACAAUGGAGCACUCGCUCACUUCUUCAGUGAUCUAUUCGUCUACAAGAUAAAUCAAGACUCAUGGCGGAAGGUCACAUCGCCGAACUCUCCUCUUCCUCGCUCAGGCCAUGCUAUGUGUCAGGGUGGAAAUAGUGGCGGGAUUUAUCUUUUCGGGGGAGAGUUCUCGAGUCCAAAGCAGGGCACGUUCUAUCAUUACAACGACUUCUGGAAACUUGAUCCUGCUACCAGAGAAUGGAUGAAGCUCGAAGGUAAAGGAGGGCCGCCCGCUCGGAGUGGUCACCGCAUGACAUACUUCAAGAACUAUAUUGUUCUGUUCGGAGGCUUCCAGGAUACGAGUCAGCAGACAAAAUACUUACAGGAUGUGUGGCUCUACGAUACACAGCAGUUUAUGUGGCAUCAGCCAGCGCUACCACCCGCUUCGGGGAAACCAGAUGCCCGAUCAUCGUUCACUCUGCUGCCGCAUGAGAAGGGAGCCAUGCUAUUUGGAGGCUACUCUAGAGUCAAAGCAUCCGCCGCAGUGAAGUCCAAGGGGAACAAGCCUGGCUCUUCGCGAGUGAUCAUGAAGCCAAUGGUGCAUCAAGAUACUUGGUUUCUGCAGAUCACGCCGCCUGCGGCUGAUGCUCCAGCCAAGUCACCGCCUACUGUCAGAUGGGAACGACGGAAACGUCCUGUCAACGCUCCCAAUCCGCCAAGGGCUGGUGCGACAAUGACAUAUCACAAGGGUCGAGGGAUAGCAUUCGGUGGCGUGCACGAUGUCGAAGAGAGCGAAGAAGGCAUGGACAGCGAGUUCUUCAACAAACUCCACGCGUACAACAUCGAUCGCAACAGAUUCUUCGAGCUUGGUCUGCGAAGACCUAGAGCGCCUGGCAAGAAAGCCGUGGCCAAUGCCGACCGUGCCAAGCGUGGACGAGGCAAAGCAGAUGAAGAGGAACUGCUGCGAAAUUUGGCGCUCAUUGAGGGCAAGGGAAAGCUCGACGAUGACGAUGAAGCUAUUCGUGGCAGUCCCGCAAACAACAGCGAAGAUGAGGAUGAGCCAGCGAAGAUCGAGAAACCCACAAUGUGGGAAAUGCCGCACCCAAGAUUCAAUGCUCAGCUCACGGUACAAGAAGACACGCUCUAUAUCUUCGGCGGCACAUUCGAAAAGGGCGAUCAAGAAUAUACCUUUGACGAAAUGUGGUCUAUCGAUCUCGGCAAACUCGACGGCGUAAAGGAAGUCUUCAAGCGCGAAUUACAAGACUGGCAAGGAAGCGAUGACGAAGAAGACGACGAGGACAGCGAAGAAGACGAGGACGACGAAGGUUCAGAUGACUCUGAAGGAGAGGACGAGGGCCCAGCACCAAGCACACCCGCCACAUCCGUCUACAGCGAAUCUGUGGCUCCAUCGGCGACGAUCAACGAUGAGCCCGAAGAGCAAGAUUUUGCCACUGCAGAAAAGGAUACUUCGCCUAUGCCCCGCCCCUUUGAGUCUUUGCGCGAGUUCUUCUCUCGCUCGUCAACUGAAUGGCAAGAUAUCGAGCUCGAAGCCAUGAAGUAUAUGCGCAACGUUGAGAACAGAUCUGUGAAGGAGAUCCGGCAGAAAGCUUUCUCAAGAGCAGAGCAGAAGUGGUGGGAUGUGAGAGAGGAGGUCCAAGCUUUGGAAGACGAACAGGAAGAAGCGGGUAUUGGAGAAGUGGUGAGCUUGAAGGAUAGGGGUGGGGCGAACGCGGGUGGAGAAGGUGGUGGAGUAGGGAGGAGGAGAUGAGGCAGCCUCAACAGGUAGUAGACCAACGGCGAAACUUGGACUUUGAUGGGCUCUUCGUACUUUUCUGCCACUUUUCCUCCUUCGUUGGUCAUGCCUCUGUGCUGUAGACGCCCGUCCUGCCUGCAACUCGCACACAGUCUCCACGACCUUCUGCAUUACACUAGUUUUCAGCAAACGCCCAAAUUCGAACAUUCCCACAUAGCGUCAUUAGAUGUGCUCCGAUUUGACUCAAAACACACAAGCAUUGUAAAAUACGUACUGGGAUCCCAUAAUAUUGCCACCGGACCUCUCAGGACGAAGACCACGUCGUCACCGUCAGUCCCACCACUUAUUGCUCACGUAACCCUAAGGCCUUGGCAUCACCGGAAGUCCAAGGCCAAGCACAAACAACAGCAAAGUCAGCGACACCGUGACACGCCAAGGUUAGAACAAGCCAACCGAGACUGAAACGAAGGGCAACCAAAAAGUGGAGUCUUGAUCACAACACGAAAACCACAUUUACAUUCGACGAUAACAAGCACUAUGUACCA